AUGGAAGAACCCAAGCCGGGACUGAAUCUCGAGAUUCCUAUCGUAACAACCUCUCUGAUCAGUAUAGCGACUGAGUUAGGCGGACUGGACAAGAUCUCCUGGAUUACCACGGCAUGGAUGCUUGGAUAUGCCGGCGUCCUCGUCCUCUCCGCCAAGGUUAGUGAUAUUUUCGGUUGGGAACCAUGCCUUCUAGUUGGUGUCGGGUUGUUUAUAGUCUUUCUCGCAGCCUUUGGUGUCGCUCAGACGAUGGAACAAUUUGUCCCCUCGGGAGUUGUCGCCGCCCUAUCUCUGAUCAUGCUUUUGAUGUCCUUGCAGAGAACCUAUCUCAGAGUUGACAUUCUCGGAGCUAUCCUGCUCCUGGCCGCGACCCGUCUGCUGGUGACUGCUCAUGAUGAAGCCAACGAGCAAUUCACCUGGCGAUCGGCGUUCACCAUCACAUUACUCAUUGUCUCGGGUCUCUAUGAAUAG